UGUACUCUAUAUAUUUACGUAGUGAAUGGUUCUGUACACGCCCGAUUCCUCUGACUUCUAUCAUCGUUUACGCAGUAUAUUCGUUUCAAUACUUUAGGUCCCGUAUAUAUCAGUCACAAAUCGAUAAUAGGUCGAUCUAUUUCAUAUUUUGAUUACGUGUAACGCUAGUGAGCCAAAACACUAAUGUUAGGUUAGUUGUGCCUAGUUCCCUUGUUUCCCUACGGUGACCGAAAGAGAGAGAGAGAGAGAGAGAGAGAGAGCUCAUUGCAUUAGAUCUUAUCAUCGAAAAAAAUCACUUGUAUUAUUACUAAUUGUUCGAUACAGAGGUAAAAGAUCGUUCGUUUAUCAAACGUGACUAUCUACACUUAUCUCUGUUCAUAAGAUAAAAGCAUGAUCUAUAAACGAGAAAAACUCGACUAUAUGCCUGGGACAUUCGUGCAAGUAUUACUUAACUGCCGAGUAACAGACCUGCCAAGUACUAGCCAGCGUUACAUCAUCAGAAGUGUAUCGAGAUGAGUCUAAUGGUUUUAUUGAGAUAUGGCAUGCGGAAAGCAGCUAAAAUUCUGUGGCGAGAGGGAGAACAUGGCUGGGCCUUGACUGUGGUGGCAGGGAUGUGCACCGUCUUCAUGGUCAGGAAGGUAUACCAGGAAGUUAAGAAGCGGAGACUCAGGAAGGAGUGGGAUAGCACAGGACAGGAUGUGGUGCUGCUUCACCAGUUCCGGAGAGGAAGAUUCUGCCCAAACCUCAGUCCAUUUGCUCUUAAGGUGGAGGCCUUCCUAAGGCUGGCAAACAUCCAGUACAAGAUAGAUGAGGAAACUCCAUUUGGGCCCAAAGGAAAGUGCCCAUGGAUCACCAUCAACAGGGAGGACAUUGCUGACUCUGAGAUGGUGCUAGAUGACCUGACUGAGCGCUUCAAUGUUCAGCUGGAUAGUCAACUUGAAAUUCGUGAGGCAGCAGUUGUAGAGUCUGCCAGAGUGUUGGCAGAUGAACAUCUCUUCUGGUGUGUCAUUGCAUGGAGGUACUGGCUGGAUGGCUGCACCACUUUCCUCAAGACACAGACAUUUGGCAGAUUCUUGAAUAUUGCUUUUUCAUUCUUCAUGAAGAAAGGGACAAAGAAGCGCACAGAAGAGCAAGGUUUGGGGGUUCAUUCACCAGAGGAGAUCUAUCAGAUCUGUAAGAAAGAUUGCAACACCCUGGCUGGCAUCUUGGGUGACAGGCCAUUUUUUGGUGGUGAGAACCCUUGCCGGGCAGACUGUGCAGUGUUUGGUCAGUUGGCCCAGCUCAUGUGGAAUGCUCCUGGCACCCGCUAUGAGGCACUUGUUACAGUAGACAACCCAAGCCUGGCCCUCUACUGCAUCAGGAUGAAGGAAAAAGUCUUCCCUGAUUGGGAUUUACUUCUUGCUCACCCAAAGUAAAAUUCAAGAAGAGUGAAAACAAUCCAGACCUGCUGUUCUGUGGCAGAGGCACAGAACAUGGCACAACCUUCCAUUCAAGCAGUGCCACUUUUCCAGUUUUUAACUGAGGUUCCCUAAUGCCUAGUAUUUACAUUACAAUUAGAUCAUCUGUAUAUAUUUUUAAAAUAACCAAUAAUUAACUAUUAAACUUUAUUAUUUUAUAAUUAUGUAAUCACUUAAACCACCUAAACAUUGUUUUGGCUACAAAAAUUUAAUCAUUUUGAUCAGUUUCCUUUGUCAUUUAUUACAAGAUUCUCAUUUACUACAGGAAUCCAGCUACUAAUCUCUACUAUGGCAAUCACAAUGAUGUUUGCAAUGAACUAGAAGAUUUAUAAGAUUUUUGUGCCGUAUUACUAUAAUGUUUUAUGGUGGUUUUCCAGAAUGUGUAAUAUAUGGCAAGUAUUACAUUAUUUUAACUUCAGAAGUAUAAUGUGUGUAUAUUCAAUAAAGGUGGUAUUAGUCA